GUGUUCCUAAAACUUCUUCAUUGAGACUGUUGCAUGUGUAAUAAACACAUGUCUGAUUCCUUGAUUCUGGAAAAUAACUCAAGAUAUUACAUAUAAAAUGAUGAUUUUACCAACCUUCCUACUGAUGGUCCAUCUUUCACAAGCUGAAACACAAACCGGAAGCUGCAAAGAUAUCUUACAUGGGAUUCUGUCUGGACUUGGAGAAUAUCAGAUUGGGGCUCUAAAAGAAGAGUUCCAAAGGUUCACAAAUAACAUGGAGCGAUCUAUGAAUGUGUUCAAGAAACAAAUGAAAGCUGCUUUUGAGAAAAAAGGCAGAAUGAACAAAAGCGUUGUUUAUACAAGAUGGGGAAAGAAGACAUGUCCCUCGAAUGCUGAGUUGGUUCUCUCUGGAUUUACCGGUGGUUCACAUUAUCAUCAAAGGGGAGCGGCUGUUGAGCCCCUUUGUUUACCAUUAGAUCCAGAAUGGGGCCAGUACAAAGAUGGAACUGACGGUGAUAAAGCUUAUGUAUAUGGAGCAGAAUACGAAACGGAAUACGGUCUGGGUAACAUGCGCAGACUCCAUCAACAUGACGUACCGUGCGCUGUCUGCCUGAUUCAUAAUAAAUCUGUUCUUAGAGUAUUCCCAGCAAGGAAAACUUGUUACAAAGGUUGGAAAUUGGAAUAUGAUGGAUAUCUAAUGGCGGGAUAUCAUAAUCAUCCUGCUGCCACAACGUACAAAUGUGUGGAUAGGAACCCUGAUACUAUUACUGGGGGUCAUUCUAAUCACGAUGGUUAUCUCUUCUAUUCCGUGGAGGCAAUGUGUGGAUCAUUGAAAUGUCCACCAUACGUAAACGGACGGGAACUUGUAUGUGUUGUCUGCUCCAAGGCCUAGAAGUGUCCGACAGGACAGUGGAAAUACAUCCACACAAUAAAAAAGUGGAUCCAGAAUUAAUAGCUGUGUUAUUCUUUUCCAUACUUGUUGAGAGAGAUUAAUAAGAAUAAUGAUAUAUUCUAUUUUGUCUAAAUGUCUAAUAUUUGCCUCAUUGCAUCGCUCACAAUUCUUUUAAAACAACAAUGUGUUUGGUAGAUAUAAAACAAACAAUUUACGAUCUGAUCUAAAUUAAAUAUUUGUGCUACUUGUUUUUAUUUUUU